CUUCAUGCAGAACUUUGAAUUUUCUGUUCACCCGACCUCGAUGGGUUCCAUUGGCGAGCCAUUCCUUCUUUCAACUUACACACAGCCAAAACGUCACAAAAGUACCUCUACGUCUAAUGCUAAUACCAAGAGUUCGAACGUAUAUGCCUCACAGCCUGAGGCAAGCUCAAGCAAGUUCGUAACCGUCGCAGCAUCCGGAGAUGGAGUGCACGUCCUUGAUACAUCGACACUGCAUCCAGCAAUAUCCCAUACACUUGGUCCUCAAGUCACCUUUGCAUGCCCAGCUGUGACGCGAACGAAGCAUGUUGACUCUACACAAAAAUGCACUACGUAUGCCGUUAUUGAAUCUGCGCCUGAACUCAAGUCGGAUGAGCGAGGUCGUACAGUGUGGAGAUGGGACGACGAUCCUUUGGGAAGUGGUGCAGCGUCUGAAGCGCAGAAACAAAAACAGUCAGCUCUAUUUUCACACAGGAUAGCUGCAUUGUAUGCGCAUGAAUCUCUUCCCGACUACGUCCUGCUGGUUGGAGACCAAGGUCAGGUCACUUUGACCGACCUCGAUCUGAAUGUAAAGGCUUCACAUCAACCAGUGAAUGAAGGGGAAACUCUCGUGAAUGCUUUUAUUUUCUCUAGAGAUUCGUGUUCCUUUGCUCCCACCAGGACCUGUUCAAGGCAAGGCGCUGUUCUUGUACUGGUCUCGACACAGGGCGAAAACUUGAUCAUCCAAUCACUUUCACUUGACCCUGACGGUGUCGUUAUCCCACUUGGAACAUCACCUAUUUCUUCAUUCAAGGGGACAAUUCUAUUGAACAUCUCAUGUAGCGCUUCAGGAUUGCUCACAAUUCUCGAGUCGAAUGGAACAUUGCACUCCUUCCUCUUAGAAUCUCCCGACCAGGACUCCAUCGUCGUCAACAUCACCACCGAUCCGAUACACCUGCGUUCUUUGACAGUUAUCAAGUCGACCCAAGAAUCAUCAUCACUGCACUUCAACGAGAUAGCCAUCCUAUCCCUGACCGCAUCUCAUGUACUCCUCGCUGGCGUCACCUUCGGUGCAGCGCCAGAAAUUAUCCUCCUACUCUUGGAUAUGCAAUACUCUGUUGUACUUGCGUCGCAUACCCUCAAUAUCCCGUCCUCUGUAUCACGAUCGAAGAAACAGGGCAUGCAGAUCCGGCUCGUAGGCGGGAGGCGCGAUCACGACCAGGCACUCCUAUUGCUUUCUCCCGACAUUUCAUCAGCGAUGGCUAACGGUGCUUCUGAUGCUGCGACUCUUGACUCCAGUGCUCGCUCCAGUAUAUUUGUGGUGCCAAUAGCUGUUCCCAAAAUAUCCACGAUUGCGAACGCCAUGGGUCGAGCAUCUUUGACCGCAAAGUGGCUUGGUCAAACAGAUUCCCAGGUUGACGCUCCCGCGGGAGACUUGGACUCGAGCCAGAACAAACUCUUAAACGUCAUGCGCACAGCGAUGGAACAAAAACGUGUAGACGCGGCCGACCGUGCUUUUUUCCAGUGGGUCACCGAACAUGAUGCCUCGACGGCGCAGAAACCAUCGUAUCUCAGCCACCGUUUUGUGCAGCAAAUACUGGAGAUCGUUUUUAGACAACCGAAAGGCAGUAAUGCAACCUCUGAUAUACCAUAUUCGCCAAAGGUCGUUCGAACUUUAUUGGAGAAGAAAGCUGUUACCUCUGGCAUGCUCGAACGAGGGUUGUUAUCCGCCUUGAGGCCGCGCCACGAUUGGGAUUCAAUGGUUACUGCCCUCACUAGCGUGAUUGAUAUUCCUGAAGAUGACGUCGUUUCUUUCCUCCACGAGGUCAUUCUGGCACAGCAGAAACGACAACCUGCAGGAGGCGAAGAUGCAAUGCAGGUUGAUUCGUCUGCCAACCCAGACCUUCCUUCCCUUCGGAAAGUUUUGUCGCUGAUCGUGGUAUAUCCUGUCACCGCACCAGCCAUGCGUCUAGCUAUUCGACAGCAACUGAAGGAUGCGGAGGAAUUGGAUGCGAUACUUGAGGUUAUCGUGCAAUGGAUAGAGGAGUGGUGUUCCGAGGAUCCAAGGUUGCUCCCCGAGCAAGUGAAGAAGGAUGAACGAGGCAUCACUGUUCCCAUCUACACUUCGAAGCCCAUGACCGAUCUUCCAGCUUUGGAUAAGGUCCUUGCGUUCCUUCAAAUCUUACUGGACUCUUCGGCCCUCGCGUUCCUCUCACACCCACAUUCGCAGCGCCUCAUUCGCCAAAUAUUCUCGCUACUAGAACCCGAAAUUUCCUUCAAUGAUAGCAUUGAACAAUUGCGAGGACCUCUUGAACCAUUCGCCAAAGCGCAUGCUAAAGCUGCUUCGGAUGUUCUGCAUGGUACUCAAAAGCAAGAUCCCAAGGUCGAUUGGAGAAAGCGGAAAAAGGCUGCCCAUGAGCAAGCUGCUGUGGCGAUCGGUGUGUAUCAAGUAGAAGAGCUUGUGCUAUGAUAUGAUGACAUUAUUGCUUUCGAAUGGCUGAUCUUGAAGGGGGUGAUUCGUGUGCUAUGAUUGAUAUACAUCCCGUGAGUCCAAACAUGACCAAGGGUGUUGACAUAUCACUACAGAUUUCCAUAACGGUCCAAUCCCUCAAUGAAAUCUUGGUCCUCCAGUCGCAUCGUAAACUUCAGACCAUAUUUCAUCUAACUUCGCAUCUGGCCACCUCUCACGGAUGUUCUCAGCCUUCUCCCUAAGCUCCUUCGCAACAGGAGCCCAAGCAACCUUGCACAGCUUUCCAUCCUUCUU